AUGAUAAAUACCGCUAUAUUCGUCGAGUUACUCCUUUCGUUCCGCACCUUUAUCUUUGCUUCGGCACUUGCGACUGUCGUCGUUUAUUUUCAAUCCUUGAAGGAAUAUGUCUUUGGCCGGAAACUGGUGGAUUCCAAUGGGAAUUCUAUCCCUUCAGGACCUAUCGGUUUACCUAUCGUUGGAUCAUUCCCGUUCCUUACUCGUUACCCUGAACUCACUCUCGAUUAUUGGGCAAAAAAAUUCGGCCCCCUUUACUCGGUGAAACUUGGUAACCAACUAUUUAUGAUUAUCUCCGACCCUCAUAUCGUCAAAGACCUUAUGGUCGCCAAUGGAGCUAUCUUCUCGUCCCGAAAAGAGAUGCACUUGAAAUCAAAGAUCAUCUUUGCCGGUCGAGGAAUUACCGCAACCCCCUACAACGACCGAUGGAGGAAGCAUCGUCGUAUUGCCUCCACUUCGCUCAUGUCUCGUGCCGUAGAUGGAUAUAACCAUGUUCUCGAUUACGAAGCUACAGUACUCAUCAAGGACAUCCUGCAGCACAGCAAUUUCGGCAAAUCACCCGUCAAUCCUCAACCCCACGCUGGACGAUGCAGUUUGAACAACAUGUUGACGGUCGCAUUCGGCAUGCGUACUGACUCCAUCGACCAUCCAUUGGUGGCUAAGGCUCUCAGGCUUUCUCGAGAAUUUAUGAACUGUACUGGACCCGUCUCCAACUUGACCGAUUUCGUCCCGCUCUUCCAGAAGAUUCCUGGAAACUAUAUGAUCACCAGGGCCCAGCAGCUUCACAAAGAUCUGGUUGAGACUUACGGUGGAAUGAUACUGGAAAUUGAGGCUCGUAUGAACGCCGGAGAGAAGGUUCCUGACUGUUUGGUCAAACAUCUUAUCGAGGUUAAGGAAGAAGAACAACUCGACCACCUUGACAUGGCUAUUCUCUGCGCUGCGUUCAUGAUCGGAGGCGUCGAAACGACCGCUUCUAUCAUGCAAUGGUUCUCGGCCUUGAUACCAGCGUACCCCGAAAUCCAAAAGAAAGCUCAAGAUGAACUCGACCGCGUCGUAGGCCGCGACCGUCUCCCGACCAUCGCAGACGAAAAGGACCUGCCCUACAUCCACGCCAUCAUCAAAGAAGUCGAACGUUGUCAUAACCCAUUCUGGCUUGGAACUCCUCACGUCAACAAUGCUGAUUUCACGUACCGUGGACAGUUCAUUCCAAAGAAUACGGUUCUUGUUUUGAACACUUAUACGAUGCAUCAUGAUCCUGUGAGGCAUCCGGAGCCGAUGAAGUUCAACCCGGAGAGAUAUGUUAGGGAUUCUACGCUAUCCUCCGAGUCUGCUAACCUUGCGAACCCGUAUGAACGUGACCACUGGAUGUUCGGUGUUGGCCGUCGUAUCUGCCCAGGAAUGUGGGUCGCUGAACGUGAAAUCUUCUUGGUCAUCGCUCGGCUCCUCUGGGCAUUCGAUAUGAAGGAGAUACCAGGUGAACCCAUUGAUUUGAAGGAGUAUGAUGGUCUCUCAGGUCGUUCGCCUGUUCCCUUCCGAAUCAAGAUGGUCCCUCGUCAUGAGAAAGUCGUUGAGGUGCUGGACCGCGAGUAA